AUGGAGGUGGAUCACGUAAUAACGAUCCUAACAGCUAGCAAUCUGGAGAAGCUUAUAGGCGAUGACGAGAGAGCUGAGUAUGAGUACGAAGAAUCCAAUGAUGAAACUUCAACAGAUUCAUCCUCGGAUGUCGACUCCGAAGAGGAGAGUUCUGUGUCGACAACCGAUGCUUGUCUCGACUGGGCUGGCCAUCAGCGACCAGAGUCGGUAAACCAGAAUCAGUUCAAGGGGAUUUUCGUUUCGGAAGAAGUCCAGCACAUGCUGGCCAUGAGCUCCAGUGAGCAAAACAUUUUUAGUAAAAUGCUGGAGCAAGAUCAGACUGUCCGCCACAUGCUGCGUCGCAGCUCGGAGCCCCGCAACAAUCCUAGCGGUAACAUCGGACUUAUUGUUCAGACCAUUUUGCCUUCCCAAAGGAAAGGACCAACUGAGGAGAAUGGUAAAGUGGAGCAGAAUCCCAACGAAAAGUUGCAAGAGAUACUUUGCCAGGAAGGUGUUUCCGCGUUGCCAAGAAAGUAUGACUCUCUGGAGUCUUUCUUUGUGAAAGUGUUGCCGGAGAUGAUCCAUGCAUAUGAAAUGAAAUUGGUGCAUGCUGUCCGCGACAAUAAUUUGGAUGCUCUUUUUCUUCUCUUGGAUACGGUCAAAUCAUUUCAGUGCUGCAAUCGUUUUGGGGAGUCAAUUGUGCACUUGGCAUCUCGAAGGGGAUCGACCGAAGCGUUGCGUUUUCUUGUGGCACAAGGAGUAGACGUAAGGGUAUGUUGUGACUCGGGGCGCAAUCCUUUGCAUGACGGUUGCUGGAGCUCCCGGCCAAAUUUUGAGUGCAUUCAAGUCAUAUUGGAUGAGUUUCCCGACUUGCUUCUUAUUCAGGAUAGACGAGGUUUUACGCCCCUUCAGUACGCCCCGCGCGAUAGUUGGGGCGAGUGGAACCAAUUUUUGGAUGGAAAUCGUAGUUCUUUGAUCCCAAAGAGCUUGACGUAG